AUUUUUUUUUCAUUUUCAAUUCGACCGUGGUUCAAGUUGGCUCUAAUAGUAUCUCUGAAUUUCAUUUUAGCCUGAUUUGAUUGCAUUCAUUCUCAGUGUCUUCAAGUUGACUAGCUUUUUUUUAUUUCUCUCUCGUCACGCUGCAUUUGUAUUUGUAGUUUCCAUUCAAAAUUCAGUGGUAUAGACCGAGUGCAGUACAUAUAUCUAUAUAUAUAAGUGUAAUGAUACAUACAACAGAAAAAAAUCACUGCGAAGCUGUGAUGAUCACACAGAAAUAAAGAGACCCGAAGAGAAAAAAAAAUGUUUAUAGUGCGUCGAAACAAAAUCAUAUUUUGAUAUACGGUAAAAUAGCAGAAGCUAAACAUUAUCAUCAUCACCAACAACGAAAUCAACACAGACAAAUUGUUGUUGUUUUUUUUCUCGUUCGUUCUUCAUUCGUUUGAGUGUAAAUGAAAUUCACGAGAAUGAAAGAAAAAAAGUAGAGAAGACGUGAGAAAAAAUAAUAAGCAGCAAAAGCAGGAUGAAAAAUAUAGAACAAAAACAAGCUGAAUACGAUAAUGUAGAGCCAGUUAAACGAGAGUAUUAAAUAAAAAUCUAUGUAGUAGACAUAGAAGAGACCGUGCGUAAAAAUAUACGAUUAUAAAAUAGACAUACACGCGCGCUUGGGCAAGAGAGUGAGAAAUAAAAACGCAGUGAAAGAAAACGAAGAUUUUACAAAUAAAUAACAAGAAAAGAAGAAGAAGAUGAGAGAAAAAAAAAAUGUUUUGAAAUCGAAGGCAGAGAAAUUGUUUGUUAGUGGAUUAGUGAAUUAAGUAGAAAAAGCUGAUGAAAUCAAUGAAUUUCAUUUUAAUCUUGCUAACAGUAAUUAUGUUCUAGGAUUAAAGAAACCCACAAAUACAGUUAUAUUCCACACAAUAAUGAAAAUUAAAAGGCCAUACAGAAUCAAACAGAGAGAAAACCAAGUGCAGUACGGUUUUGACAUUCAUUUGUGACUUUUAAUUUUUUGCUCCGUUAGGUGCGUGAACACAUUCUCACAUUCAAACUCAUCUCAUUACUUAAUACAAUAAUCGAAAAGAAAAAGAGCAUAUUUGUUUGCCCUUAUAAACGAAUGAAAAUAAUAACAACAACAACAACAACAGCAGCAGCAAAGGAAACCCAUUCCGCCAAGAAUCAGAAUUUAAACAUCACGUUUAUCGCCAACGCCAUAAGAAUAUAGAUGCACGAUGAAGUCAAGUCGCAUAACACAGCCAGUCAAAUACAAAUAAACUCAAUGAACCCAGAAAAAUUAUUAUCACAACAUUUACAAUCAUCAUCACAAAUUAUAUCAUCCAAUGCAAGUGCAACAAUAGCCACAUCGUACAAUAGCGAUGGCACAGCGUUUGGCGAUAAUAGAAAUACAACAACUACGAUCUCGAAUAUUACUGUAACACUGAGUCCAAAUCAAUCGAUCUCAAGUGCAAUGAAUGCAACAUCAAUGCAAAGCGGUGCGGUGACAACGACAUCAACGGUAUCAGCGAUGACGGUGAUGGCCGGUUGUAGUAAUAAUGGCGGCGGCGGCAAUGUCAGUGAAAAUAAAUGUGCGAAUACAACUUCAAAUGCAUGUCAACCGCGUCAACAUCCAAAAAAGCGAAAAUUUAAUAUCGCCGAUUUGGAAGAAUUAGAUCAAACAGUGCAUUCGAACAGUCACAAUAGUAAUAAUAAUAAUAACAACACGAUUAAUACGAAUAAGAACAAUGGCAAUCAAAAUGGGAUGGAUGGAAAUUUCGGUAAUGGCGGCGGCGGAGGUAAUGGAGGCGUCAGUGUCAGUAUAUCCGUGCCAAUCACAAAUUCAGCGCCUAUACAUAGUGAUAUUACGGAUAAAACAAAUAACAAUGUGAACUUGUCAAUUUCGAAUGAUAACGGUUUGAGAACAAGCAACGCGAUCAUUGUAAAUGUCGGCACAAUGCCACAAACAAUAACACACCCAAAUGAGCAUGCGAUGGUUGUUUCAUCGAAUUCUCAUUUAAAUUCAGUCGUUUCGACAGCAAUUGUACACGAAAUGAAAGGAUCUCAUAGUCAAUUUAGUCAAAAUAGUCGCAAGACCGACAAUGGCCCAACGAAAACUGAUAACGGUUCAUUAAUGAUAACAGUGCAUAAUGAGUAUCCAGUCAUUGCAUCACAUGACCAUACAACGUCUAUAAAUUCAUCAAAUGUCACACCGAAUAUACAUCACCGUUCGCCUCGUUCGAAUGAAACACUCAAGUAUGGUGUGCAAUCAUCGUCGAUAAUACGAAUUGCUGGGCCAGCAACAUUGGCCGGUGCUGGAAUAGCGACUGUACAACAAUCAUUGCCACCACCCCCGCAUGCAUCUGCAAUAACAACAACUGCCAACGAACAAUCUCAACUCGAUUUGAGUGAAUGGUGCAAUCACCGUGUGCUCGCCCGUCAAGAAGAUAUUUAUGUUGCGGGCAUUAUACGGUCGGUCGAUCCAUCGAACACAAUUCUGGUGGAAUUCGAUUAUCCGGAAGGUACACAACAAUCGUACUAUGAUGUUUUGGGCAGUGGACGCUUUGAUAUAAUCAGCGACGCAAGCCCAUCGGUUGGUGAUAUUGAGCUUGGCACAAGAGUCGUAUGCCUUCAAACCAAUCGUCAGGGACACACAACAUUUAUUGAAGGCGAAAUUAGACAAAUAUUAAAUGAUACAAAACAAUUUAUUGUGCGUUCGAUUGCGAGUGAUGAAGCAAAAACGGUGAAACGUGCACAAAUCCGUCUUUUGCGACCACCAUGGUGGGAUGAACUCAAUGAUAAUGAUACAAAUAACUUGGGUGAUACAGCAUCAACUGCUCGAGCUAUAUCCGGUCAAAUUAAAUCACUGCAUGCCAUGGAACCAUCAAAUAUGUAUCAGAAUACAUUGGCCGGUGCUGUUGCUGCGGCCGCCUCUAGCAAUACACUCAAUCCAAAUGGCGCAAUAAAUGCAACGAAAUAUGUGCCAGUUCAUCAUAUUCUUCCAACUAUACAGACAAAUGAAGAACAUUAUAGAACCGCAUCAACGUCACCGUUUACACUAUCUAACUCGAUUUCGGUCGAUGCCGUACAAAAUGUCUCCAACUUACAUCAAAUAAAUGAAAGUCAAAUUCCACAGAUAAUCGUUUCACAGCAAACGACCAAUACACCGAUUUUAACGACAGCACCGAUUGCUGCAACCUUAGAUCGAGGUAUAACAGUGACUGAAGCUGAAAUGCGAAGGUCACACCAACGUUAUUGCGAUGACGAAAGUGAUGAUGAGCUAAAACGCGAAGAUAUUAGCUUUCCAAUGGACGGAGAAAAAGUACUAUCCGGUAGUAGUAAACGUAGCAGCGUACAAAGCAGAGGGAGUACAUCAAGUCUUGUUGACAAUCGACUGACACCACGAUCUCAUGCAGCAACCCCACGUUCACAAGCAGCAACACCACACAAAUUCAAUAAAGGCGAUGUGGUACAGUCGGAAACGGGCGUUCGUAAGAAAUUUAAUGGCAAACAAUGGCGUCGCUUGUGUUCAAAUCCUCAAUGCACAAAAGAAUCACAACGUCGAGGCUAUUGUUCACGCCAUUUGAAUCAGCGUGGCAAUACCUUGAGAUCAUCGACAGGACCAUCGUUUCCAAGUCGCUCAAGUAGCAAUACACAAGCUGAUGAAGAUACAUCUAGAGAAUCGGAAACAUCUCCAAACUAUCGAGUCACUGGUCGUUUCGAUCAAGAAGAAACAGAUGUGGCAAAUAUGCUGGUCUCAUUGAGCAGUUCACGUUCGGCAACGCCAUCAUUUUCAUCGCCCACAAAUCAUGUAUCAUCGCCAUUGAAUGCAAAUCAAUCGCCGGUAACGGUUGGAAAUCGACAAAAUCUAUUUAUGCCAAUUGGCAGCCCAGCUGCUCAGCAACCGCAGCAACAGUACAGUACGACGCCGAGUCCGAUUUCGUAUAGUUUAAAUUCGUCGCAGGUAAUUCGACCAGAGUCACUUCGUCCACAAAUUGUGACUCAAUCACAUCACUCUCAGCACUAUCAGCAGCAGCAGCAGGUGGCUCAAAUUGCGGCACCACCGCAAAUCAACGCAACAACAAGAAACAUAAUAAGCACUGGACAAAUUAAAGCACCACAAGCACAUGUGACAGCCAAUUUGAAUUCAACGCCAAAUGCCCAUACAACAAGUGUGAUUCGAAUUUCACCAGCAUCGUCGGCAUCUUCCAUAACAAAUAAUACGGUGCACACAGCGUAUCAGCCCUUUCAUCCGGAGCACGUGCCAAUUGUGACAAAUUCGGGCGCCGUUAUUUUAACAACAGCAACAAUUCCGUACAAUAAUGGAAAUGGAGCAACCGAACAUGCAACCAUUCCAAAAAACGGAAUUAAUUCGGGGUCAGUUCAUCAUUGGACAACAUUAUUGCCCAUAAUUGACGCCCCGAAUAAAAAUCAAAAAGCUACAACCAUCACAACGUCACAUGUGAAACCCGAAUCAGCAAACGUGCCAGUAUCGCAUGAAGAUGGUGAUGAUGAUCAAGGCGAUGAUGAUGUGUUCGAGCAACCGACACCAAACGAUACAAAUCAUUUGUCAUCGCGUCAAGCAUCGGCAAAUUUUCAUUAUCCCCAUCAAAGCCAACAUUAUCAGCCACCAUCAAACAUCGACGUCGAUAGACGAAAUAACUUGAAUACGGAUGAACGAAUGGAUACAUCUGAAACAAAUUUCUCGCCACAAGUCAUGACAUCAAUGAAUAAUGUCAACAAUAUGCCGGCCAAUUCAAUGAUAACACAUUCAAACGGAAAUAAUAGCGAUGGCAGCUCUGAUGCAACAAACAAUUCGGGAUCGAAUCAAAUAAUUGUGGGCAAUGUUAUGAUACCAAACAGUCCGGUUAUAUUGAAAAGUAGCAAUGAAACAAUGGCUGCUGCAAAACGUCGUACACAAUCAUGCGGUGCAUUGCAUCAAGGUGUCAAUGGGCCACCAUCAGCAAAAGAACCACAAAGUCCGGCAACAAAACAAAAAGAGCCAAAAAUUCGUCGUCCAAUGAAUGCGUUUAUGAUUUUUUCGAAAAGACAUCGUGCGAUGGUUCAUCAAAAGCAUCCGAAUCAAGACAAUCGUACCGUGAGCAAAAUACUUGGCGAAUGGUGGUAUGCAUUGAAGCCAGAAGAAAAGAAUCGAUACCAUGAGCUGGCAAGCGAAGUGAAAGAGGCACAUUUUCGCACAUAUCCAGAAUGGAAAUGGUGCUCAAAAGAUCGACGAAAAUCAUCGAGCUCGGGCAAAGAUGGUCGCGGCCGAACGGAUUCAAUUGAUGGAAUGGAUGAAAUUAGCCCAACUACACCGUUGGAUCCAUAUCAUGGUGUCGAUUUGCUACCGGUGAGCUCACUCGCAUUACCAUCAAAUCAUGAUGACAACGACGCAGCCAUGGACACAUCUGAACCACACACUUUUGCAAUUCCAGUUUCAACAUCUGGUCCAAUUGUCAAUACUGUUCAUAUAAAAUCAAUAACUGAAGCGAGCAAUGAGCCACAAGAUGAAUCCAUGUCGGAUGAUGAACAGAUGGUAAUUGCUGAAGAAGAAGCACCAAGUGCCAAGGAGUCUCAUGACAUCGAUUUAAAAUGUGCCGAAAAAGUAACCGAUUCCGACAAUGAAGAGAAUACGGAUGCAAGCGAGAGUAAAGUAAAGAAGGAACCAUCAAGUGAAACACAGCAACAAGAUGGAAAUGGUGCUCGUGAUUUCACAUGUAAACCGAAAGCGAUAAAAGCACAACGACAAAACAUCGAUAGUCCACUGAACUAUCAACAGGUUCCAAUGUAUUUGAAUGCAUACUCGCCGAAAAAUCCGUCUGGAAUUCUACCAUUUCAACCUACCGGCGGUGCUUUUAAAACGAUGCCAAUAAGCCCAAAAGAUACAAAACCAAUAGUAACGGCUGGCGGAGUUGUUGUAUCGGAAAUUGAAAAUCAAGGUGAAGUAAAACCGUCACCGCCCACGGUAUUCACUUUUUCAAAUGCGUCAUUAGCGAGCGGCGGUGAUAUAAAACAAGAGGUCGUCGAUAGUAAAAGUGACGUGAAACCUAAUAUCCAAUUGAGUAAAGAAACAACAGCCGGUAUUGUAACAUUAACAUCGACAACUGGAUCAACUGCCAAUCGAGAUAUAAACGAUGAUAAUGGAAAAAAUAACAAUCAACAGGUUUUAUCCAACCGAAAUUUGCCAGCAACUCCGAAAUCAAUGACGGAACCACAACAAGGUGCAGAGACCUACUCGUCGACAAUUGUCCGGCAAGAAAAUGAAAAUGCCAUGGAUGAAGAACCAACUGGAGACGAUGAAAAAACUGAAUACGAAUACAGCGAAGAUUAUGAUGAUUCGACGUCGGCAGACAAUCAGCAAAGAUUUAUACUGGCACCAACGCCAGCGCAAUUGGGACGAGCUCCAUUACAAAGACGUUUGGGCAGUUUGGUUGGCGGAGAUGCAAAUUGUCAAUCACAAAUUGUUAGCAAUGAAGCCACACUACCAAAUACACAGCAAAUUAUUCCAACGGCAACGUCUGUACCAUCCGCAUUGCCAACGCCAAAUUCAGCUGCUAUGGACGAUUCGCAACAAUUAUCACCAGGGAUGCAAAAGAAAACAUUGUUUAAGAAAGUAAAAGGCGAAGAUUUAAAUAAUGUUUUACGGCAAGUGGAUUUUGAGAAAAAGUUCCAAACGUUGCCACGUUUCAAGCCAGAAGAUUGUCAAUCGCCAAGUGCUAUAUCAGUGCCAUCUUCACCGCGUGUUUUUUCGCAAAACUAUCGCAAAAAAACUCAACCACAACACCAGCCACCACAUUCAGCCAAAUCAUUUUAUGAAGAAGAACAACAACAACCAAACAGUGCAAUAUCCACAGCCACACCGCCUGCUGUGGUUGGUAAUCGAUUUUUUGGUCCCGAUUUUAAUAUUGAACAAGUCAAAGAUUUGAAUACCAAUGAGGAUCGUUCGCCGCGCACACCGAUUGGCAGUGCAAACAAUCCAGCGCCACGAUCAUCACAAGAUUCGGCUGCUGAAAAAGGUCAUCGCAAAACAUUGGAACAACGUCGACAACUUGUUAUGGAACUUUUCAAUACAUCUGGAAUGUUUCCUAGCUCAAAAGACACAACCGAAUUCCAGAUAAAACACAGUGAUAUAUUUCCGAAUAAGCAAAGUUUGCAGCUGAAAAUUCGUGAGGUUCGCCAGAAGUCAAUGAGUCAGUCAGGUUUUACGCCUGGCCCAACAACGCCAAGUGAAUCAAGCAUAGUCACAGCAACAUCAACCACAUUAUCAACCACAAAUGCAAUAGAUGAUCAACAAAUCCAAAAGCAACAAAACCAACAACAAUAGAUAUGAAAACAAAGCCAACACAAUUGCAAAUACUUCGUUUUUCGCCCAUUUAAAACAUAAGAGUUAAAAAAAAUAAAUCCACAUUGUGAGUCCUCAACUCUUCAAACUAAAAAUUAAAAAAAAAAAAAUGCUUCUCAGCUAAAUUGUAAAUAAAAAGAGAGAAAAAAACACACAGUUGGAGCUAAGAAAUGAGAUCAAGUUAUUCAAAAAUGAUUGCAUCAUAAGCGAUUCUGAUCACACUCAUUUUUAAAGGCGUGCUUUCAAUCGUGAAGCACAUUGGAUGAAUUUACAUUUAAAUUAAAUUGAUAAUUAUAUUUAAAAAAAAAAGAAUUUGUUGAUAUAAGCUAAAUGUGAUCGCGUGAUUAGAAUUCUAUACAUAUUUUCAGUGCGUCACAGUCUGAAAAAAAUUUACGAAAAAAAAAUGCAUAACAAAUAUGUUAACACUUUUUCCCAUUUCAUUUUUCAAUUUCGAAAAGGAUGGUGAAUCAUUUAAUUUUAUCCC